AUGGUGGACCACGAUAUCAACACCGUCGCGUCGAGUGUCUAUGACCCGCUUCCAGCUACGCCAUCAGCGCGUGACAACAAGCGCGUCGCACCUAAUUUUUCCGUGAAACAACGGAGUGCAACACACCCGACGCAGGCUCACCACCUGCAAGCUGUGCAAGGGGUGAAGGAGGAGGUACCUUCACCCCUUGCACAGCUUGUAGUUGAUGAGCCUGCGUCGGGUGUGUUGCACAACACUCUUGAUGAAGAUCAGGCUCAGUAUCUUCAGUUGGUCGAUGACCGCAGGCGUCAAGCACAAUGUGUAGCCACAGCGUAUGCCCACAGUAGUUACCGCUUCACACAACCGAGUUUGUAUGAACGCAUUUGCCAGACUUCCGGGCAGUCACUCGCAACAUGGGUCACGGGACACAAGGCUAACACCACCACAGAACUAGCGGAGAGUGAGGCCCUCAGAGAGACAUAUUGGCGGGUCGAGCGUAUGACCGUCCUAGAUAACCUCGACAGGAUGAAUCAGCAAGCACUUGGUGCGUCAGUGUCCGCCAUGCGGACAGUACCCGUCAGCCAUAUUGCCUGGUAA